CCGGUAACACUAUUGGCUCUUUGAGACGACAAUUUAACCAUUGCAUGCACCUUCAUUAGGAAGUGAGGGCCUAGAGUUUGGCCGCGAGUAAAUUAUUGCGUAAAUUAUUAUUGCACCUUCCUUAGAUCCACUUUCACCUCUUAAUAUAACAGUACACAUUCAGUUAAGAUAGCAAUUGAGGCGCCUGGAUCAGUAGGUCGGAAGGAUGAGGCUUUGCACGGACGUCGCGGGGCCAAGCACCUCGCAUGUCAGUAGGAGACGCAAUGCGUGGAGGGCUUUUAGCGGUGUGAAGAAUGUUCAGCCAGUUCCGGCAAGGGCUGCGGCCAUCCACCGGAAACAGCGGCUGCUUUGCAACGCCGUCGCUGAGCUUACCUCAGCCGAGCUACGAGCCCUCAAGGUCUCCGAAUCCGAGUCCAUCGGUUUCGACGCAGACGUCUCCACCCGCCUUGCCCGCUCCUACCCUCUCGCCGCCGUGGUGGGCCAGGACAACAUCAAGCAGGCGCUGCUGCUGGGUGCGGUGGACACGGCGCUGGGCGGCAUCGCGAUUGCGGGCCGGCGCGGCACCGCCAAGUCGGUGAUGGCUCGCGGGCUGCAUGCGCUGCUGCCGCCCAUUGAGGUGGUGGAGGGCAGCUACUGCAAUGCGGACCCGGAGGACCCGCGCAGCUGGGAGGCCGGCCUGGCUGAGAAGUACGCGGGCGGCCCCGUGAAGACCAAGCUGCGCUCCGCGCCCUUCGUGCAGAUCCCGCUGGGGGUGACGGAGGACCGGCUGGUGGGCACGGUGGACAUCGAGGCGUCCAUGAAGGAGGGCCGCACCGUGUUCCAGCCCGGGCUGCUGGCGGAGGCGCACCGCGGUAUCCUGUACGUGGACGAGAUCAACCUGCUGGAUGACGGCAUCGCCAACCUGCUGCUGUCCAUCCUGAGUGACGGGGUGAAUGUGGUGGAGCGGGAGGGAAUCAGCAUCUGCCACCCCUGCCGCCCGCUCCUGAUCGCCACCUACAACCCCGAGGAGGGCCCCCUGCGCGAGCACCUGCUGGACCGCAUCGCCAUCGGGCUGUCCGCGGACGUGCCGGGCAGCUGGCAGCAGCGGGUGGAGGCCAUUGACGCGGCAAUCAAGUUCCAGGACAGGCCGCAGGAGACGAUUGACGAGACGGCUGAGCUCACGGAUGCCCUGCGUACCUCGGUCAUCCUGGCCCGCGAGUACCUGAAGGACGUCACCAUCGCCCCCGAGCAGGUGACCUACCUGGUGGAGGAGGCGAGGCGGGGCGGCGUGCAGGGGCACCGGGCGGAGCUGUAUGCGGUCAAGGUGGCCAAGGCGUGUGCCGCGCUGGAGGGCCGCGAGCGGGUGAACAAGGACGACCUGCGGCAGGCGGUGCAGCUGGUCAUCCUGCCUCGGGCGACACUGCUGGACGCACCGCCGCCGGAGGAGCAGCCGCCGCCGCCGCCUCCCCCGCCGCCACCGCCGCCGCCACAGGACAACAUGGAGGAGGAGGACCAGGAGGAGAAGGAGGAGAAGGAGGAGGAGGACAAGGAGAACGACAACCAGGACCAACCAGAGAUCCCGCAGGAGUUCAUGUUCGAGUCGGAGGGGGUGAUCAUGGACCCCUCCAUCCUCAUGUUUGCGCAGCAGCAGCAGCGCGCGCAGGGGCGCAGCGGCCGCGCCAAGACACUCAUCUUCUCGGAUGACCGGGGAAGGUACAUCAAGCCCAUGCUGCCCAAGGGUGACAAGAUCAAGCGGCUGGCGGUGGACGCCACCCUGCGUGCGGCGGCGCCCUACCAGAAGAUCCGGCGGGCACACCAGCUAGCCGAGGGUAAGCCCGACAAGAAGGUCUACGUGGACAAACCCGACAUGCGGCAGAAGAAGCUGGCUCGCAAGGCUGGCGCGCUGGUUAUCUUCGUGGUGGACGCCAGCGGCUCAAUGGCGCUCAACCGCAUGAGCGCCGCCAAGGGCGCCUGCAUGCGGCUGCUGGCGGAGUCGUACACCUCGCGUGACCAGGUCUGCCUCAUCCCCUUCUACGGCGACAAGGCCGAGGUGCUGCUGCCGCCCUCCAAGUCCAUCGCCAUGGCCCGCCGCCGCCUGGACUCCCUGCCCUGCGGCGGCGGCUCGCCCCUGGCACACGGCCUCUCCACCGCCGUACGAGUCGGCAUGCAAGCCACCCAAGGUGGCGAGGUGGGUCGUGUCAUGAUGGUCCUCAUCACGGAUGGACGAGCCAACGUCAGCCUGGCUAAAUCCAAUGAGGAUCCAGAGGCACUCAAGCCGGACGCUCCGAGACCUGGUGCAGAGCAGCUGAAGGAUGAGGUGCGAGACAUGGCGAAGAAGGCGGCGGCGGCGGGGAUCAACGUGCUGGUGAUCGACACGGAGAACAAGUUUGUGAGCACUGGGUUUGCGGAGGAGAUUGCCAAGGCGGCGCAGGGGAAGUACUACUACCUGCCGAAUGCCUCGGAUGCGGCCAUUGCGGCGGCGGCGAGUACGGCGAUGGCGGCGGCUAAGGCGAUGUAAGGGGUGGAGGUG